AUGGCUGAUGAUGAGCAGUAUGAUUUUGCCAUUCUUGGGACUGGGCUUGUCGAAUGUGCAAUUGGAUGCAUUCUUGCAGAGAACAACAAGAAGGUGAUUCUUAUUGACAGGAAUGCGAUGUAUGGAUCUGACUAUGCGACGUUGAGAUACAGUGAGCUUGAGUCGCACUUUGGAAGCGAAGAGGCUAUUCCUGAGCUGAAGGUGUAUGACAAUGAGUUUUGUGUAGACCUUACGCCAAAGCUGUUUCUGGCAGACAGUAAGAUGCUAAGGAUGCUUGUUGAGCAUGGGAUUGAUGAAUACCUGGAGUUCUGCAGGAUUCCAGGAUCGUUUUUGUGGAAAGGAAAGCUGUACUCUGUUCCAACGAGCGAGACGCAGUCGAUGACUACUGGAAUGAUAGGAAUGUGGCAGAAGCCGAAGGUGAUGAGGUUUUUCUGGAAUGUCCGAGAAUAUGCAAAGGCAGCAAUGAAGGGGGCAGGAUACAAAUUCAAGGCGACCAUGAGGGACGAGUUCAAGGAGUAUGGGCUGAGUGAGGAGUCGAUGGAGCUGAUUGGGCAUGGGAUUGCGCUUAAUCUGGAUGACUCGUAUCUCGAUAGAAACCCGAAGGAGACUUUUGACAAGAUAAUAACAUACAUCAAAUCGAUAGUGUGCUAUGAAAAUGCAAUGGAAUCCCCGUACCUGUAUCCAAGAUACGGACUUUCUGAGAUUGCCCAAGGAUUUGCAAGGAGUUGCUGCAUGAAGGGAGGGGAGAUCAUGAUUAAUGCAGAGGUGCUGAGUGUGAAUGAGAGCAGUGCAGAAAUAUUUGUACGAGAGCCUGUUAAUAAGGAGAUGCUGAGGAUCAAGGCAACAAAGAUUAUUUCCGACCAGUCGUACUUCAAAAGGAGUGCUGUUGAGUAUGAGAUUAUUCGGGCAAUAUGUGUGAUCCGAGGCGAACCUUGUGAGGUGACGAGGGGAGCGUCAUCGUCGCAGAUAAUUUUUCUGAAGGGGGAGAUGAGGAGAAGGAACGAUAUUUUUGUGGUUGUUCUUGGAUGUGAUGAAAAGGCAACGCCUGAUGGAUACAAGGUUGCGAUAAUCAGUACGGUGAAGGAGACGAGCGAUCCGGCGAGUGAGAUUAAGACCGUUGUUGGCAAGCUGGGAGAUGUUGUUAAGACAUUUAUGGAGGUGAAGCCGGUAUAUAGGGCGGAAGACACCGAGAAUGUGAUAUUUACAAAGGGAGUGAAUGAGUCGCCGCAUUUUGAGGAUGUGUAUGAUGAAAUUGAGGAGAUAUGCAGGAAGCUGAAUCUCAAGAGUGCAGGAUGUGGAGAGAAGGCAUGA